CUUAAUAAUUAUUCUGGGAUAGGAAGCGACGAAGUGAUGAAUAGCCAACCAAGUUGAGUGGUGCUCCCGCAACGUCCAAGGUGUCAAGCCAUUCCUAUCCUUCACACCUUUUUUUUUUCAUGUCUGCCUCCGUCAACCACGCGUUGCCUUCUUCGUUAAUUAGAGCUGCAAGUCGUUGGUAUCGACAUUUUUCAACUUGUCCUUCUCCUCCGCCUUGAUCGCUUUCUUCAAGUCAUCCACCAAGUCACUCUUGUCCACUCGCACAGAGAUCCCAGCCUCGAGGAGACGCUGCAUUAUUAUAAUGACACAGAGAUCCCAAAAGGACGUGAAGGGGUGUCAUUAGCGUAUCUUGCUUGAAACGACUUUAUACUUGGAGAAGACGGAGGCAAUGGAGGGGGGAGACAGCAUCGUUUUGGAGGAGGAGAUCGACCCCAACUAUGAGCCGACGGAGAAGGAAGUGCUGGAAUAUGCCACGUGGCUUGGGAUGGACUUGGAAGCGGAGCGAGAUCUGUUCUGGAUUGCCCGAGAGGGUUUGAAGGCUCCACUUCCAGAGAACUGGAAACCAUGCAAGACAACGGACACGGAAGAAAUUUAUUAUUUCAACUUUGCCACUGGCCAAAGCACGUGGGACCACCCUUGCGAUGAGUUUUAUCGCAACCUGUACGAGGAGCACAAGAAGAAACGUCACACAAAAGACGCACAGGAGACAGAUGAGAAGAAAAAAGCGAAGGAGGACGUUGCGGAACUCUUGGGUCGAAAGAAUGGUGGGAAGAAGAAGAAAGGGGCUUUAGCUAAAGCUGAUCCACUGAGUGGGCCUACACUUGGGAAGGCUAACCCUUUGGAGAAGAAACCUCUCCCGGGACUUUCAGGUAGAUUGGGGUCUCUGGGCUCCAGUGGCUUAGGCGGAGGGGGAUUAAAGCCUGUUGCGGGCCUUGGACCCCUGAAGAGCGAAGCGAAGGACUUGGGACUGGACAAUGCAGCCGAUGACUUUAAAGGCAGCGAACUGGCCAAGCCUCUAUCGAGGACCCCACUUGGCUCUGCUCUGGGUAAAAAGCCUCUGUUGUUGUCUCCAUCGACCGCUGCAAUGGACACGAAGGCGAAUGCUGACGCGGACUUCGAAGAGAAGCGUGAAAAACUCGCUAAAGACCACGCAGAAAAGUUACGUGAGCUCCAGAAUGCCCAUGACAACGAGCUUGAGACGCUGCGAAAGAAGCUGAAGGCUCAGCAGGAAGAUGUUCAAGAUUCCGAAGAAAUGAAGCUGAAACAGCUGAAACGCGAGUUGGACAAGCAGAAAAAUGACUUGGAGAAUCAAUUCGAUCGAGAGGAGAAUGCUCUGCAGCGCAGCCGUAAAGACCAACUGAAGCGUCUCGAGACAGAGAACGAGACUGCUCUUAGUAAGAAGAAAGAGGAUUUGGACCGCGAGUUUAAGGCUGAGACGGAUAAACUACGACUCAAACACGAAGCGAAGAAACGAGAGAUCCAGGAGGAUUUUGAACAAGAAGAGAAGCAGUUGAUGGACAAGAUGAAGAACGUAUUUGGAGAGAAGAAGGAAGCCGCGCAACUCGCGAUUGAUCUGAAAGCUGAAGUGGAUCGGCUGCAUGAUCAACAGAAAACCCUCGAGCAAGAGCUGGAUUCUGUUCGUAGUGACAAGGAUACAUUACUUCGAGAUAAGGAGAGUGUGAAGAAGGAGCGAGACAGCGCUCAACGUAAGGUACAGGAUCUGCACAAGCAGCUAUUACAACUGAACCGAUCGGAAUUAUCCUCGGCCCCUGUUGAAGUGUGUACGAAAUGCUCUGCUUUGGAGGAACAAGUAUCGUCUCUUAAGAGCGAGUGCUCUAAGGGCCAGAGUGAAGUUGACAAACUGCAGAGGGAGCUCACAGCAUUUAAACAAGAGACUGAAGAUACUAAAAGAGAACACGAGGAACUGGUAAGGACUCUUCGUGAUCGAGAAGCCGCUCUGAAACAAGAGACCGCAGCACUAGAAGACCAAUUAUCUUCACUUAAAGUAGAAUCGAGUGAGCUUAGGACGAAAUGUGCUACUCUACAGAGCGAGAUUGAUGCAAUGGGUAAAGGAGAAUCGACAGAGGACACUAGACAAUUGGAAGCUCUGCGCAAGCAGAUAGCAGCAGCUCAGGCUGAGGUGAACAACACAAAGAGCGAGCUCAGUGGCUUGCAAGACGAACACGCUGUGAUUCUAACGACCAACACUCAGAUCAAGGAACAACUGAUGAAAGAGUCAAACGAGAGGAAACUUCUCCGCGAGCAGUUAGACUCGAAGACGGAAGAAAGUUCACAGCAUUUGGUUGCAGAAGUGGAGAACUACCAGCAGCAGCUUCAAGCUCUACAGCAGCGGCUUGACAUUGAGUUACAUGCUCGAACAGAGCAAGAGGAUACAUGCAACACAUUACGGAGAGAUAUGGAGACAUUGGAGCAAGUGAAACGUAAACUGGAGGGCAAAGUGAGUCAACUGGAAGGUGAAAAACUCACGAUACACUCCAGUGUAGCCGAUGACAGCAAGGAUAAAGAGCGCUUGGUUCAUCUGAAAAAGGAAAUUAGUCGACUAGAAGACCAGCAGAGCACUCUGGACCAAGAACUGAGAUUAAUUCGAGCUGAAAGGAAGGUUUUAGAGCGUGAGAAAGACUCUGCAGAGACGCAAUGUCGACUCGACCAACGCGAGAUAGAAGAACUACGAAGCCAACUCAUAGAAAUCAGUCGACGGGAUUCAUUGCCGGAGAAGUGUACUCAGUGCUCUGUCUGGGAGGCUCAAGUUUCGUCACUGAAGAGCGAGUGCAGUCAGGCUCACACCGAAGUGGAAAAGGUGCGCAAGGAGCUUGCGGAGUUCAAACAAGAGACAGAAACACGAACUAUAGCAGAGCGAGAUGAAUCCAAAGCAACUACUGCAAGUUUACAGCGAGAGAUGGAUGACGCCACAAGAGCUUUCCAAGACCAAGAAGCUGUUCUUAAACGCGAGAUCACAGCUUUUCAACAGAAGCUACGCACAGUUGAGGCGGAAUCAAGGGCACUAAAAGGCAAGUGUGAGUUACUCGAGACCGAGAAGGACAUUGCCAAUCAGCGUGAGUCGGAUGUGUCUUCCUCAGCGUCAGUAGCGAGGGAGCAACUGAAGACUCUGGAGCAUCAACUGGCAGCGUCUCAAGCCGAAGUCACCAGCACAAAAGCGGAACUCCGCAAGCUGCAAAGUCAGCACUCUACUCUUCAAUCAACGAGUGCGCAUACGAAGGACCAGCUGAUGAAAGAGUCAAACGAAAAGAAGGAACUUCACGACAAGCUGGACUCGAAAACGGAGGAACUGAGUCAACGUCUUGCAGCCACAACGGAGAAAUAUCAACAGCAGGUGAUGUCACUACAACAGCAACUAGAGAGUGAGUCUAGAGCUCGAAUAGAGCGGGAGGACGCGUGUGAUGCACUGCGCAAAGAGUUGCACAUAUUGGAGCAAGCGAAGCGUAAGGUGGACGCUCAAUUGGGCCAACUGGAGAGCGACAAACGCCACUUGGAGUCGGAGAAGGCGGUGCUAACUCUGCGUCUGGACGAGAUGAAUAUUACUCGCAAACGGGACGAGAAGUCGGUCAUGUCAGUGGAAGAAGCGCUUGCAGACAAGAAGCUGGAGGUGGAGCAGUUGCGAGCAAAUCUGAAAGUUCUAGAAGUGGAUAAGGAGCACUUGGAAACUCGAUUGAAGACGCUAAACCAGGAUUUAGAGCAGUUACAAACGAAGAUGCAUCGACUAGAGGCAGAGUAUGAGAGCGAACGCACUCGAUCGAGAUCGCUCGAGAAGGAGAGGGAGACGGUAUCGCAGCGACAACAGAAUCUGGUGAGCGAACUGGAAAGCAGCCAACGCAAAUAUCGCGCUCUGAAUGGUGAAGUUUCAGAGCUGCAGAGUCAGCUGAGUAAAUCAAAGGCAAACGAGCAAGCAGCAGCGAGUAAAGUGGAGCAAACUGCUCAGAAACUUCGACAAUUGGAGCAGCUGAUGGAACGUGAUGUCUUUGCAAUGAAAAUGAAGCUGCAACAGACUGAAGUGGAGCACGAAAAUGUCCUUCACAAUAAGGAGAGAGCUGAAAUGCAGUUGCAAACAAGAGAGAAGGAGUUGGCAGCAGCAAAGGACGAAGUUACGAGGAAAGAGAGCGAAGUUGAGUCGCUCCAAGCACGCGUUAAGUCUUUGCUCAGUGACAAGGAAGAAGUCCAAGCUGCUCUUCUCAACGCCAACAUGGCGAAUGUCGCUUCAGCUUCAGCCAACCGAGAGUCAGCCACGUCUAUGAGUGCAAGUACAGAUGUGAUGCUGGUGAAGCUCCAGCUUGCCGAUGCGAACAGAACCGAGCUAGAGCUCCAUUUAGCUGAAGUUUCGUCGCAAUUGGAGAGUUCUACGCGUCGAUGUGCGUCUUUAGAAGCACGAUGUCGUGACCAAUCGGUGGAGAUUGAAUCGCUUCACGUCGAGGUGGCAUCGCUCCGCUUGGCGUCCCAGAAGAUGCACAUGUCUGCAUUAGAAUCCCUGCCACUUGUGGAGAGACUUGAGUACGAGCACAAGAAGCGAACACUACGGAGCGACUUUUUGAAUCAGCUGCGUGAUUUCCAGGAACGAGAAGAGCAGGCGCUUGUUCGACACAAAGCGCGUCUACGUGCUCAGUAUGAGAGACAUCUAGAGGAUCUGGUAGCUGAGCUGGAGAAGGUGAGGCAACAACGCGUGGAACAGGAGGAGGCGCUGUCUGUGCAGAUGAUUCAGCAGAUACGGCAGGAGAGAGAUGUGAAGCGAAACGAGGCUAAGAAGCAGGUGCGAGAGGAGCUGAAUCAGUUUGAGCAAGAUCUGCACGAACGUAAAGCUCGAGAUAUUGAGAUCAUCUCCAAAGCGAUUGAAAGAGAAGAAGACGAACUGGGCGCCAGGCUCCGUGAAAUGCGUCAGGUGGCACGUGAGGAGGAGCUAGCAAAGCAGAAGAUACCUUCUGGCCAUAAAGUCGAGACCCCAGUAUCUCCAGGACAGCUGAGUAACCGGCGAAAUACUAUGCAAAGCCAACCUGAGAGUCUCGACGGAGAUGACGAUGAAGAUCCAGUGACGAGGAAACGUGCUAAGACAAGAAAUCAGCUAGGUCGUUCUGGUCGACAUCAUAAGAGGAACACAAAUACGUAUCAAAAGUGGAAACAGCGACUACAGGAAGAAAUGGAUCUCCUUGUAAAUGCACGAACUCUGGUGGCAAACCAACGCCAAGGUCUAACGAAACAAGCUCAACAAUUGAAAGCCAGUAAAAAUGAAUGGAAGCGGAACUCCCGCUCAUCCGAUUCAAAUCCAAUUCAGCGGGAGGUGAAGCGUAUGCUGGACGAGAACAUGGCAAACUGGAGCGAGGGUAUGCGAAAACUGCGGAAACAGGAAGCGUGGGUGAAACAGCGAGAGCAGAAGCUAACGAAGAUGAAGCGCACAGUUGAACGACUGAGGAGGGGACACGCGUCCAUGCGUGACAACAAUUCAGGGCCAAGCGACAGUAGUAGUGACGAAGGCGACUGGUCUGACUUCUCAAAUCAAUCCGAAAUUACAUCGACACUAGAAAAGCUUGAGAGGCUGGAAGAAGAGUUAGCCUCCGAUCCAGGAAGUUUCCCAUUCAGAGGAUUCCCGAGAGAAGUUGACGAUCCUUUCCAUGGCAACGGAUUUCACACCAUUUAUCAAGUUCCUCCUCAGUCGUAUGCAAUCCAACGCGAAGGCUCAUCACUGAGAUAUUUCACACCCAGGAGAGCGAUCCACUCAGCAGGAGACUUAGCAGUGCCGGAUACGCGAUGGAUUCGUUCGCAACGCACUGGAUUUGGUCUACGCGGAAAUCAUCGCUUCGAGAUAGCGCCAUUAGCUUCUAGUGCCAGUCACGCUGACCAAGUGUACCAGCAGAAGAUUUCACGCUGGGCAAAAGGCCGCGAAAAGGUGCAGCACGCCGCCAACAACCACGCAACAUGGCUAUCAGGCCUCUGUAAGGAGCUGAAAGAGUAUGGAGCCAAGUACACCAGAGAAGUAGAAGACACGAGCGGUGCGCAGUAUGCUCAAGAAGAAGAAGAUUAAACAGAUGCGCCACCACACUUCGGAAUGACAAUUGUAACCUCGAGAAGGAUUUUUUUUUUUUUUUGUAUUCGUUCGAGGUCAUCCAUCAUCUACUUCGAAGUAUCCUAAAACUAUUC